AACUACUACUGAAAUCUGCAACCAAUUGUGACAAAUACUUAAGUGUGCAUAUAGUCUGUUGGAGAGCGCAUUAUACGUAUGCAGUUUGCAGAAAUAUUGGCAUAUUUACUUAUUACUAGCCCACGCGGGUGGACGGCCACUAUUUUUUGCUGCGCAAUUUCGCAAUAAUUGUUGUUGCUUGCGCGAAAUUUGAAAAAGGAUUUACAGAAGGUAUUUUCAUAUGGAAUGGAUACAUUUUCCGAUAAAGUAAAUCAAUGUGGACAUGCUGUUAGCGGCUCACUUUGAGGCCUUUGGGAUGUACUACUACUAUUCUUAUCUUAGGCGCCGGACGCUGCUAAAACACAAUGAUGCUGGGCGGUGUGGGAGCUCGUCGCAGAAGGGGCUCAUCACCGAUGGCACGUUUGACUAACAGCCACAUCAAUAGCCUGGAUGACAACAUAGCCAUCAUCGGGGAUGGCGUCAUCCGGAGGAGUGCACACUAUGGUUCACAGGCCUCCAAUAAACGGCGACGAGCCGUGCCAGGACCUGGCAAUGACCAGGAGAGCUUUGCUCUUGUCGAGACACGACCCAAUCUAGGCGAUAUCAUGUUGGAAGCGGCUCAGGAAGCAGUGCUAGCAGGGCAUCAACAGGACUCCUUAGGCGGGGGGCACUUGGGUCGAAAGGGAGCCCAUCGCUUAGCUGAUAGAAUGGGUGGCCCGAAAAAAGAGGAAAACCCACCAGGUGGUGGUCCGACGUCAUUGUUUAUCCUAACCGAGGAUAACCCAAUUAGAAAGUACACACGAUUCAUCAUUGAAUGGCCGCCCUUUGAAUACGCUGUGUUAUUGACAAUCAUAGCCAACUGUGUUGUGUUGGCGCUAGAGGAGCACUUGCCGGGUGGUGACAAGACAGUAUUGGCUCAAAAAUUGGAAAAAACGGAGGCCUAUUUUUUAUGCAUUUUCUGUGUAGAAGCAUCGCUCAAGAUCCUCGCCCUAGGGCUUGUUCUGCAUAAACACUCCUAUCUCAGGAAUAUUUGGAACAUCAUGGAUUUUUUCGUUGUAGUGACGGGAUUCAUGACACAGUACCCACAAAUAGGGCCCGAGGUAGACCUAAGAACACUUAGAGCCAUUCGUGUGCUACGGCCCUUAAAAUUAGUGUCUGGAAUUCCUAGUUUACAAGUAGUUUUAAAAUCUAUAAUCAAGGCGAUGGCACCUUUACUGCAAAUCGGUCUCUUGGUGUUGUUUGCAAUCGUAAUAUUUGCAAUCAUUGGACUCGAGUUUUAUUCGGGCGCACUGCAUAAGACUUGUUAUAGCUUAGAAGAUCCAAAUAAACUAGUGAAGGAGGGCGAAUCAGAGACACCCUGCAACACGGACAACAGCACAGAGAAGGCAGGCGGCUCCUUUGUAUGCAAUAACACCACGAGCAUGUGUCUGGAGAAAUGGGAUGGACCAAAUUCAGGCAUAACGAGUUUCGAUAAUAUUGGAUUCGCCAUGUUGACCGUAUUCCAAUGUAUCACAAUGGAGGGCUGGACGUCAAUACUCUAUUGGACCAACGACGCAUUAGGUUCAACAUUUAAUUGGAUAUAUUUCGUGCCUCUUAUAGUUAUAGGCUCAUUUUUUAUGCUCAACUUAGUUCUUGGUGUCUUGAGUGGAGAGUUUUCGAACGAACGUAACCGCGUCGAGCGUCGCAUGGAGUUUCAGAAAUGCCGUUUUCGGGCCAUGUUUCAGACAGCAAUGGUCUCGUACCUUGAUUGGAUCACACAAGCAGAGGAGGUGAUACUAGCCGAAGAGCGGACAACAGAGGAGGAGAAAAUGCACAUAAUGGAGGCACGAAGACGAAAUGCAGCCAAGCGGAAAAAGCUGAAAAGUUUGGGAAAAUCGAAAUCAACAGACACUGAAGAGGAGGAGGCCGAGGAGGACUAUGGCGAUGAUGGUUAUCUGAAAACUCGCUCUAAACCUCAAGGCAGUUGUACGGGAUUCUGGCGAGCGGAGAAGAGAUUUCGCUUCUGGAUCCGGCACACGGUGAAGACGCAGUGGUUCUACUGGUUCGUGAUCGUACUCGUCUUUCUGAACACAGUUUGUGUGGCCGUCGAGCACUAUGGCCAGCCGUCGUUUCUCACAGAAUUUCUGUAUUAUGCGGAAUUCAUAUUCCUCGGUCUCUUCAUGUCGGAGAUGUUCAUCAAGAUGUACGCUUUGGGGCCCCGCAUCUACUUUGAGUCGUCGUUCAACCGUUUUGAUUGUGUUGUCAUUAGUGGUUCGAUAUUCGAGGUGAUCUGGUCCGAGGUCAAGGGAGGCUCGUUCGGUCUGUCCGUGCUGCGUGCACUGCGACUACUGCGCAUCUUCAAAGUAACCAAAUACUGGUCAUCGCUGCGCAAUCUAGUCAUCUCACUGCUGAACUCAAUGAGAUCGAUUAUCUCGCUGCUGUUCCUGCUCUUCUUGUUCAUACUGAUAUUCGCACUGCUUGGCAUGCAGCUAUUUGGCGGCCAGUUCAAUCUGCCCGGAGGCACGCCCGAGACCAAUUUUAAUACAUUCCCGAUAGCCCUGUUGACCGUAUUCCAAAUUCUCACUGGCGAGGAUUGGAACGAAGUCAUGUACCAGGGCAUCAUAUCGCAAGGUGGUGCACAGAAAGGAAUGAUUUACUCUAUAUACUUUAUCGUUUUGGUACUCUUCGGUAAUUACACGCUCUUAAAUGUUUUCUUGGCUAUCGCCGUUGAUAAUUUGGCGAAUGCACAAGAAUUAACAGCAGCCGAAGAGGAACAAGUCGAAGAGGAUAAAGAGAAACAACUGCAAGAACUUGAAAAGGAAAUGGAGGCCCUACAGGGCGAUGGCGUACAUGUGGAAAACGGCGACGGCACUGUGGCCGUAACGAAAGGAAAGAGCAAAAAGAAGGAGGAGGAGAAAAAGGAGGAGGAGGAAGUGACCGAGGGACCGAAGCCAAUGUUGCCAUACUCAUCGAUGUUUAUACUCUCACCAACCAAUCCCAUACGACGCGGCGCCCAUUGGGUUGUUAAUUUGCCAUAUUUUGAUUUCUUCAUUAUGGUCGUCAUCUCAAUGUCAUCAAUAGCAUUAGCAGCCGAAGAUCCCGUUCGUGAGAACUCGAGGCGAAACAAGAUAUUGAAUUACUUUGAUUAUGCAUUUACCGGCGUAUUCACGAUAGAAAUGUUGCUGAAAAUUGUAGACUUGGGUGUGAUACUGCACCCUGGCAGCUAUUUAAGAGAAUUCUGGAAUAUUAUGGAUGCUGUGGUCGUUAUAUGCGCUGCUGUUAGUUUCGGUUUCGAUAUGAGCGGUAGCAGCGCUGGACAAAAUUUAUCGACUAUUAAAUCGCUACGUGUAUUGCGUGUACUCCGGCCAUUGAAGACCAUUAAGCGUGUACCAAAAUUGAAAGCCGUCUUCGAUUGCGUCGUGAACUCAUUGAAAAAUGUUGUUAACAUUCUAAUCGUGUACAUAUUGUUUCAAUUUAUAUUUUCUGUUAUUGGAGUACAAUUGUUCAAUGGAAAAUUUUUUUAUUGUACGGACGAAAGUAAACAUACUUCCGCAGAGUGCCAGGGCUCGUACUUCAAGUACGAGGAGGAUGAACUGCUGCCCAGACAGGAGCUGAGGGUCUGGAAGCCAAGGGCCUUCCACUACGACAACGUUGCGGCCGCGAUGCUGACACUGUUCGCUGUCCAGACCGGCGAGGGAUGGCCACAGGUCUUGCAACACUCAAUGGCUGCCACUUAUGAAGAUAGGGGUCCAAUCCAAAAUUUCCGGAUCGAAAUGUCCAUAUUUUAUAUUGUCUAUUUUAUUGUAUUUCCAUUCUUCUUCGUCAACAUAUUCGUGGCCUUGAUUAUUAUCACAUUUCAAGAGCAAGGCGAAGCUGAGUUACAAGAUGGUGAAAUUGACAAGAACCAGAAAUCCUGCAUUGAUUUCACAAUCGGAGCCCGCCCACUCGAGCGUUAUAUGCCCAAAAACCGGAACACUUUCAAAUACAAAGUAUGGCGUAUUGUGGUUUCAACACCAUUUGAGUACUUUAUAAUGAUGCUGAUCGUGUUCAAUACGCUCUUGCUGAUGAUGAAGUAUCAUAAUCAGGGUGAUAUGUAUGAAAAGUCACUCAAGUACAUCAACAUGGGAUUCACAGGAAUGUUUAGCGUUGAAACUGUGCUCAAGAUCAUUGGAUUCGGUGUCAAGAACUUUUUCAAGGAUCCGUGGAACAUAUUCGAUCUGAUUACCGUGCUGGGCAGCAUCGUGGAUGCAUUGUGGAUGGAAUUUGGGCACGAUUCGAACUCAAUCAACGUCGGCUUCCUGCGUUUGUUUCGUGCGGCGCGUCUUAUCAAACUACUCCGUCAAGGAUACACAAUACGCAUUCUCCUCUGGACAUUUGUACAAUCAUUUAAAGCACUUCCAUAUGUCUGUUUGCUUAUAGCCAUGCUAUUCUUUAUAUACGCCAUUAUUGGCAUGCAGGUUUUCGGCAACAUAAAGUAUGAUCCGGACACGCAACUGAAUCGCCACAAUAACUUCCAAUCGUUCUCCGGUGGAAUCAUGCUGCUCUUUCGAUGUGCAACGGGCGAGGCAUGGCCAAACAUAAUGCUGGCCUGCCUCAAGGGCAAAGCCUGUGACGAGGACGCCGAGAAGGGCCCGGGCGAGUACUGCGGAUCGACGCUGGCCUACGCCUACUUCGUAUCGUUUAUAUUCUUUUGUUCGUUUCUAAUGUUGAAUCUGUUCGUCGCCGUCAUCAUGGAUAAUUUUGAUUAUCUCACAAGGGACUCCAGUAUAUUGGGUGCUCAUCACUUAGACGAAUUUGUGCGCAUAUGGGCGGAAUAUGAUCCAAAUGCGACUGGUAAAAUACACUACACGGAAAUGUACGACAUGCUUAAGAAUAUGGAUCCACCGCUGGGAUUUGGUAACAAGUGUCCCAAUCGGCUGGCCUACAAAAAACUGAUCAGAAUGAAUAUGCCGCUGGACGAUGAGCUGAGAGUCCAGUUUACCACAACGUUGUUCGCUUUGAUUCGGGAGAAUCUAAGCAUUAAGAUGCGAGCGCCUGAGGAGAUGGAUCAGGCGGACAUGGAGCUCAGGGAAACCAUCACGAACAUCUGGCCAUUGCAGGCGAAGAAGAUGCUGAAUCUGCUGGUGCCACCGCUCGAUCAGCUGAAUAAGGGGAAGCUUUCAGUUGGUAAAAUCUACGCAGGUUUCCUGAUACUGGAGUCCUGGCGUAACACGAGGUUCGGCCAGAUUGAUUCGGGCAUGCCGCGGAAGAAGCCGGAAGACGAUGACGAGCGUAAAUAUAGCCCAACGGCCGUCGAGGAGCCGAUGCUGGAACUGCAAGAUGCGUCUAGACGACCUUCGCAGGAGUCGCUUACCGGUGCCGAUGCUGGCCAUUUACAUCCUGGACAUUCGUACAUGAACGGCCAUCGGCGAUCGCCUAGUUUAAGGCACAAUGGCUCGCCACUUGCCAGAUCUCCAAGUCCUCGACGACGUGGCCAUCAAUACAUACAUCAUGAUAUCGGGUUCUCCGAUACCGUAUCUAAUGUUGUAGAGAUGGUCAAGGAGACACGUCAUCCUAGGCAUGGCAACAACCAUCCGCGGUAUCCAAGAGGUUCAUGGUCAGCAUCGACAAGUCCGGCCCGUUCGCCUUCGCCUUCUCGUUAUGGUGGUCAUUUGUCUCGCAGUAAACGCACUCAACUGCCUUAUCCCACAUAUGGGACAACAAGUCUAUGUCAAAGGUCACGAUCGCCGAGUCCCGCUCGACUUCAGGAGAUGCGUGAACGAGACAGACUUGGUUAUGGGAUUGAUAUGGGUGGCACGCAUGUGCAGCAUAGCUACCCAACGCUUGCCUCCCGUCGUGCCGGAAUUGGACGACGCCUACCACCGACUCCAAGCAAACCGUCAACACUGCAGCUCAAGCCAACCAACAUUAAUUUUCCCAAGCUGAAUGCGAGUCCAACUCACACGCACCACUCAACGCCCCACAGUGUUCACUCGCUGCCGCAUCAUCGUGACCUGCUGCGGGACCCUAGAGAUAUGUAUUAUAGUAGUAGAGACCGCGAGCGGGAUCGCGAACGCCUUAGGGAUCGAGAUCGGGAUCGGGAUCGCCUGCACGAGUACGACCUGCGCUUCGAAUACAGAGAUCGGGAGCGUGAGUUGUAUGAGCGGGAGCGUGAUCGCGAGAGAGAGGUGGAAAGAGAAAGACUGGAAUAUAUAGCACCGCUGUCGUUUGAACAAGCGCUGGCUAUGGGCCGAACAGGUCGUGUACUGCCAUCUCCAGUUCUUAAUGGUUUUAAGCCAAAGAGCGGACUUAAUACUCGACACUCCGAUUCCGACGAGGAGGACUGGUGCUAGCAAAGGCUUUGAUUGCGAUCGCGUAAUCGAAAGGAUCAGAUCUGGGUAUAACAUCAGGCCAUAUGCUCAUCGUAUUCAGCACCAAAUUUAGAUCACAAUUUUGAUACGAUACGACGCAUAAAUCAACACCAACGCCAAUACCAACACUUACACCAACAGCCACAACAAUAUACACCAAUCAAUCAUCGGUAUGUAGAUAUACCAAGAUCCACUUUAACACUAACACCCACCACCCCCACCACACUAACACCAAAAGAUAUCAAGAAAUUGGCUGAAGAAGAAGAAAGCUUACACGAAUCAACAAACCCAAAUCGACAACCGCAAUCGCAACGAGCAAACGAUGAUCAGCAAAUACAACAGCUACUAGUAACACAACAACAACAACAGCAACAUGAAUGGCUACCAUGCUGCCACAAGCCGUACGAAUCCUCACUGAUGGCAAUCUCAUUGCCAGAAACAAGAACAACCUCGCCCCACUUCGAUUAUAAAGAAUUCAUAGGAACUAUACCACGGACUAGGUCUAGGACUAGGACAACAGCAAUCGACACUGCAACAACAACACAAAGGACAACAAGAAAUGAAAAUGAAGCAAUGAUAUUAAGUGUACCAAUUACAAUAACAACACCAGUAGCUAUUAAAAAGAUCUAUUCUGAUAAUGACAUUAAUUAUAAUGCUAUUUCGGAUCUACAUGAUGGUUGGAUAGAAACACCAGCAGCAUCAGGUGCCCAUCAUUAUCACCAGCCAGAAGAACUACUACUACAACCACAAGAGCAAUCACAGCCGCAGCAAACACAGCAACCACAGCAGCAGCCGCAUCCACAGCAUCAUCACCCGCACCAUCCGCUGUAUUCGUAUCAUACGCUAUAAGGGAAGGGGGAUGAUAAUGAUGAACAGAAGCCAGAACCAGAAACCGCUGAAAGUGUAACUUUAAUUGUAACUGAAACUGAAAUGAGGUGUAAAAAGUACGAGAGAUCAAGGAAUAGGAGUUAGGAGAUCGCUAAGAGUAGGAGUAAGGUGUAAAAGGAGGAUAGGGAAAAGAAUAUUGAUAUGAAAAUGAAUAUAGGUAUAGGAAUAGCAACAAACUCAAUGUCAGAUAUGAAUGAUAUGAUAUGAUGAUAUGAUAUGAUAGAGUGUAUUUAUUUUAUUGUACUAAAUGCCUAAGAAACCAAACAAGCAAAAGGGAACUAUAUUUCGAAAAGCAUAACAUACUUAGAUUGUAGGUCUACAAUAUAGGUAGUAAUAUUGUAGGGGUAUUGGCAUACAUUAUACAUUGUAGGUUUAUCUAGGACAUAGCUCGAUGAAUCUGUAAUCUGAAUCUGCAAGCGUUUUUGUCUUGUUUGUAUUUAAAGUUAGUAAUUCAAUUAUGUACAUUUAAAUGCAAAAUUAUAUUUAUUCUCCUGUACAUACAAGUUUAAUGUAGAUAUCAAAUUUUUUGUAUGUAAUGUAUUUACCUACGACUACGAUUAUACACACACUUACACACACACACAUGCAUACUUUCGACCGAGACGUACACAGGAAAUCCGAACCCAAAAAAACUAAUACUUAAACUUGAAUAGCAAACAAAUGAUUCGCAUUUUGAAUACCUAAGGAUUUUUUCAUUCAUUCGUGUAUAUUCGAGCGAAUACUCGCCCUCUCUCUAUCUGUCCCUCUCCUUCUUUGAUUAAUCGAACAUAAACCACUACUAAAGCUAAAACUAAAACAAUAACUAAUAGCAAUAGUACUGCAAGAUCAAAACCCAAUACAAUACCAAUAUACAAUAUACACAGCCUCAAUCAUGACCAGCUGCAUACAUACCAUACGUAUCUAUGUAAAUUAGAGUCUGUGUCUGUACAGACUUUGACGAGGUAGCGGAACAUUACUUUAUUUUCUGAUACACAACAAUAUACGUGUACGAACGAGCCUCAUUUUCAUUUCUCAGAGAACUUACUUUAACUUCAGGAACAUGCUUUGGCAUCUGCUUUUUGAAGGUUAAAACUGUUUCGAUUCGUUCGCAAGAGAAGUCUGUACAUGAUGUGAGGUGUAGGCUAGGCUAGUGUAAAAGAUGAUGAUGAUCACACCUGAUAGAUAAUCCUCGUUUAAAUAAUAUACAUGCAUAAUCGAUAUCGCCUAUCUAAUCUUGCCUUCACGAGCAAAAGCCUUAAAACAUUGCCAUUUUAUUAUUCGAAAAUAUGAAUCUGCUUUUAAAUUUUUUCGGUAUAUCCGUAGCGACACAUUCGUACAUAUAUAUAUGUAUGUAGAUACCAGUAUCCGUAUACCUCUCCAGCUCAUGCAAAAUGGAAAUGUGAAUCUCAUGCACACACAUACACACCUCCACCUCCCUCACUCGAUAUCGAAAUCAGCAUCACAUUAACGCAGGCAUAUAGCAGAAACAGCAUUAUCACAGCAGUCAUUAAGACAUUAAGACAACAAAUGAUUGACUAAUAAGAUCCUAAAUCAAAACAACCAGUUAGUGUGUAGAUAGACGACGAAUCAUGGGUUACAUGACGAACAUGAACAUGACGAAGGGAUAUCGAAGAGCGCACAAAUAUUGUAAUUUAAACAAAAAAGUGAAUCCAUAACUUAAGUAAAUAAUUAUAACCGCUGAGCAGUUAUGCGAAUUUACACAGCAAAUGUACUUACGAUAACGAAUACGAAUAUGAUUAUGAUUACGAUUACGAGAGUAGGGUUUUAGGAGGCAUACAUACAGAGAAGGUGCAUAAAAGACGACAACCAAGAAAAGCAAACACCAAACCGAAACCAACUUAGCCAUGUUCACUACAGCAAUGUACUAUAAUUAAUUAUACAUAUUACGAGUAAAACUUAGCAAUACGGAAAAUACCGACAAACCAAAAAAAAAAAAAAAAAACCCGGAAAACACGAAAACCGAAUACAGCAAAACUGAGAAAUA